UAGAUACAUUACAAUUAAAUAUGAAUCAUUUAUUUUUCCUUUUUGUACUUAAUAAUAAAAAUAAGCCAAAAUCCAAACACAACUCACUAUGAAAUGAUAUAAGAAGGAGACACAUAUUUUGCAGCUUGAAGCUUCGGUGUAUUAACUAAUUGCUGAACGAUGAAUGCACUUUAAUUGUAUUUUCUCUGUCACGCAGAUACAGGAUAGGAGAGGAAUUAUCUUCGUGUUAAAUGACUGAAGCAGAACCGGCUCCUCUCACGUCUAGACUCUGGACUAAACUUCUCUCUCUGGUCUGUGUGAAGCAGCAUCAUCCUGUCAUCAAGCCAAUGACAGCGCCUCGUCGCACGAGCCCGUCGUCGCCUCCCGCGCGCCCAUUGGACAAACGUGGGGAACCCAGGGAACCAGCGCACGAGCCGCUCGCGUGCAGCCUCCACCUCUAUAAAUACGAGCCGAGGCGCUGGAAACAGGAGCGUGUUUGUGUGUCAGUCACGUCUGACUUUCAUCACCAGAGGAAUGCAGUGAAGAGAAGGGGGGACGACUCUGACGUGGACUCACUUUUUAAGUAUUUUAUUAAUGGUCUGCAGCCGCUGUUUUUUUUUUGUAAACAAACCUGAAUAUGCCAGCCGGUACUUUGGAAAGAACAUCUCCAUCCGCUGUGGCUGCCACUCCGACAAAUGGCAAGUCCGCACCCGACAAACCCCGGAAUCUGGCGGAGAGCAGAAAGUCCUCCAAACCAAUCAUGGAAAAGCGAAGACGUGCGCGCAUCAAUGAGAGUCUGGGUCAGCUGAAGACCCUUAUCCUGGACGCACUGAAGAAAGACAGCUCCAGACACUCCAAACUGGAGAAGGCAGAUAUCCUGGAGAUGACCGUGAAGCACCUGAGGAACCUGCAGAGACACCAGAUGACCGCUGCCGUGAACACAGAUCUGUCUGUCCUGGCUAAAUACAGAGCCGGCUUCGGUGAGUGUGUUGGAGAGGUCACUCGAUUUCUGUCCACCUGUGAGGGCGUGAACACAGACGUGAGGACUCGCCUGCUCAGCCACCUGGCUGCCUGCGUGACCCAGAUCAACACGGUCAGCUUUUAUGGACCUCACCCUGGCUCUCUUGGACAGACCACUGCACAGAUUUCAGCCACUUCAGCCACACAGAUGCCCUGCAAAAGUGGCUCAUUAGCGAUGCACGUCUCCCCGGAAGCGAUGAAGCUUUACAGGGGAUUCCAGGUUUUGCCGCUGGCUGAUGGACAGGUCACUUUUCUUGUUCCCAGUGCGGCUCUUGUACCUCUGAGUGCUCAGAACAGCCACCAUGCAUCACCUGUUGCUCCUCCGGUCACCUCAGACUCUGUGUGGAGACCGUGGUAGAAAAUCAGCUCAAUGGACUAUCACACAAUACAUAUAUUUGUACAUUUUGUAAAUGUUGUCGCUGUUUUUGUUAAAGAACCAACCUGAAAAGGAUGUUUACACAUAUUUGUGUUUUUAUAUGAACAUUAUGAGAUUUUCUUGGCCUUUUUUUCUUGUUGUGGUUUUUGCUAUGGCACUAUUCAUUUGCAUCAGAAGGUCAAGUAGAUCUGUAAAGAGCACUGUAUUUUUUUUGAGAUGAAUAAAAAUGUUUCUAUAUUGUUUACAAUAA